UAUUAGGGUUGGGUUUUGUUGAAAUUUUUUUCUUUAUAUUCCCAAAGCCAAAAUCUCUGAAUCUCCAUCGCUGAAAAAGGGUAAAAAAAAAAAAAAAAAAAGGGGAAAAUGGCGUGGAGGAAUUUCUACAACGAGAUCAAGGGAUUGAAGGUGAAGGAAUUGCCCAACUACGUGAAGCCGAUGCUGUCGAUGGAGUACGUGAAGAAAUCGGUGCAAAGAGGUCUGGACAACUACAAUGCCAAGUACAUCCAGACCAGUUCUAUCGAUCCUCUCUACCAUGUCUGCUUCGGUGGGAUGAUCUUCUCCUACCUUGUCGCUCUCCCCGAGGAACGCCGCCAUCUCGAGCACCAGCAGCACGCCAAGGAGCACGGUGGCCAUUGAUUUUUUUUUUUUCCUUCGAAAAGGAAUGAACCUUGCUGCUGUUGAUUUGAUGACCAUCAAUUUGUUCAGUGCUUUUUUGCUUUUGAUAUCUGGAUGUUAUAGACAGAAAGAUACUGUUUUCUUCAGUGCAUGGCAACAUUAAAUGAUAAAAUAAAAUUCACUCCGACAAUCACUUUGACAAUUUACUUCGUGAUUUGAAUGUUAAAUGAAUGGCUAUCCGAGGAAAUGACUUUCUUA